AUGAGACGCGUAUUGAUCCUUGGUUGCAAACACACACACUGGAGGGAGGAUCUGGAGUCUGGAGAUGCCCACCAAGUUCCAGAUGCAAGGCAGACGAGCGGAACAGCGCCCGAGGAGGAUCGCCAACUUGUGCUGCCGGUGGUUGUUGUGAUGCAGUCAUUGUUGACAUUUCAUGAUUCAUCGAGGGCACCUGGGCAGGUUCCGGCGGCUCAGAAACGUGGCGGCUCGAUGGGAUACCGAAUCCCAAGAAUCGGUCAGGUCAAAGCCGUCUCAAGUGUCCCAAGUGUAACCUCCGGCCUCCCGCGAAAGUCGCUGAUGAUCCCCAGAUUGAACGCACUGGCAGUCUGGCAAGUCUGGUAUCGACUUCGAAUGGGAAGUUGGCACUGGAUGCCCGAGCGAGUGGGCGAGGGCGAGGGCUACGGGUCACGGGUCGCGGGAGCAGGGGAGAGGCUGUGCGUGCCUGUGCGUGCCUGA